AUGGAUAUAUCUAAACCUGUUGGAGCCGAGAUCAGCAGCGUGGACUUCAGCGUGAUGUCCGCUGCGGAGAUCCGCGCGCUGUCGGUGAAGCAGAUCACUAACCCGACUGUGUUGGACCACCUGGGCCACCCAAUUCGCGGCGGUCUGUAUGACCUGUCGCUGGGGGCGUUUUUGCGGAACCUGUGUGCGACUUGUGGGCUGGACGAAAAGUUCUGCUCGGGGCACCAGGGCCACAUUGAGCUGCCUGUUCCGUGCUACAGUCCUCUGUUCUUCAACCAGCUGUACAUAUACUUGCGGUCCUCGUGCCUGUACUGCCACCACUUCCGGCUGAAGGCUGUUGAGGUGCACCGGUACGCGUGUAAAUUGAAGCUGCUGCAGUACGGACUGAUCGACGAGGCAUACAAGCUGGACGACUUAACGGUUGGCGGCGUGGCGUCGGACGAGGCCGAGGAAGAGGGCAAGGAAAACGAUGUCUCUGCGGCUCUCGUGGCGGAGCUCAAGAUGCGGCGCCGGGAGUACGUGGACACGGAGAUUGCCAAGGCGCUUUCGGAUGGGCGCACCUCGAAGUACGGUACCUUCACGGCCACGGUCAACGACGAGCGUAAGAACCUCAUCCAUGAAUUUCACAAGAAGAUACUUGCCAGACCAAAGUGUGACAACUGUGGCAUGUUUUCCCCGAAAUUCCGCAAGGAUGGGUUCACGAAGAUCUUCGAAACUGCGUUGACCGAGAAGCAGCUCACCAACAACAGAGUUAAGGGUUUGAUCCGGGAGGAUAUGAUCAGAAAGCAGCAGCAGUCAAAGCGAUUGGCUGGAGAGACAGUUGAUGAUGAGCCUCAGUCUGGGCGGUCGGCUAACUUGAAGCCCAAGACGGGAUCUACGUAUAUCCUCUCUACGGAGGUGAGAAACAUUUUACGUGCAGUCUUCAAGAACGAGCAGGUGGUUCUACAGUAUGUGUUCAACUCAAGGCCCAACCUGAAGAAGACCUUGGUCAAGGCCGAUAUGUUUUUCAUGGAAGUGAUUGUGGUUCCACCAACCAGAUUCCGCUUGCCCUCUAAGCUUGGCGAUGAAGUGCAUGAGAAUACACAGAACCAGCUACUUUCGAAAAUCUUGACUACCUCACUGUUGAUCAGAGACCUAAACGAGGAAAUGUCCAAGCUACAGAAGGACAAGGUCUCUCUUGAGGACAGAAAGAUAAUCUUCAACAGGUUAAUGAACGCCUUUGUUACCAUCCAGAACGAUGUUAACGCCUUUAUUGAUUCUACCAAGGCACAAGGUAGUACAGGAGGAAAGGUACCUAUUCCUGGUGUCAAGCAGGCUUUGGAGAAGAAGGAGGGUCUAUUUAGAAAGCACAUGAUGGGCAAGCGUGUGAAUUAUGCUGCUCGUUCCGUGAUUUCCCCAGAUCCAAACAUCGAAACGAACGAAAUCGGUGUUCCACCUGUCUUUGCAACUAAACUGACGUACCCAGAGCCUGUUACAGCUUACAACAUUGCAGAAAUGCGCCAAGCUGUGAUCAACGGCCCUGACAAAUGGCCGGGCGCUACCCAGAUUCAAAAUGAAGACGGGUCGCUUGUUUCCUUAGUUGGUAUGACCUCAGACCAGCGGAAGGCUCUAGCCAAUCAGUUAAUGACACCUUCUACACAUGGGUCGACCCAUACACUAAACAAGAAGGUCUACCGUCAUAUCAAAAACCGUGAUAUUGUCAUCAUGAACCGUCAACCCACACUGCAUAAAGCGUCUAUGAUGGGCCACAAGGUCAGAGUCUUGCCUGGCGAGAAGACCUUGAGGUUGCACUAUGCUAACACCGGUGCUUAUAAUGCUGACUUCGAUGGUGACGAGAUGAAUAUGCAUUUCCCACAAAAUGAAAAUGCGCGGUCGGAAGCUUUUACUUUGGCUAACACUGAUUCCCAAUAUCUGACUCCGACUUCUGGCUCCCCUGUUAGAGGUUUAAUUCAGGACCAUAUUUCUGCCGGUGUGUGGUUGACCAACAAGGAUUCUUUCUUUACUAGGGAGCAAUACCAACAGUACAUUUAUGGCUGCAUUCGUCCUGAAGAUGGUCAUGCUUCUAGAUCAAAGAUUAUCACUGUCCCACCUGCUGUUGUAAAGCCUGUUCCGCUAUGGACUGGUAAGCAGAUAAUCACAACUGUUCUUUUGAAUGCAACUCCUGCUGACAUUCCAGGCAUUAAUUUGGUCUCGAAGAACAAGAUCAAGAAUGAAUAUUGGGGUAAGAGUUCCUAUGAAAACGAGGUUAUCUUCAAGAAUGGUGCUCUCCUUUGUGGUAUCCUGGAUAAGUCUCAGUAUGGUGCUUCCAAGUACGGUAUCGUGCAUUCCUUACACGAACUAUACGGCCCAGACGUCUCAUCGAAAGUUCUCUCGAUCUUGGGUCGUUUAUUCACCAAUUACAUUACUUCUACUGCGUUCACUUGUGGUAUGGAUGAUCUGAGGUUAACAGAUGAGGGAAAUAAGUGGAGAAUCGAUAUAUUGAAGAAGUCCACUGAUAUCGGUCGUGCUGCUGCCGCAGAGGUAACCAACCUGGGUGGUGAUGUGAGACCAGAUGACGCCGAGUUGUUGAAACGACUAGAGGAAAUUUUGCGUGAUGACAACAAGCUUGGAAUUUUGGAUGCUGUGACAUCUUCUAAAGUCAAUACCAUUACGUCCGAGGUUGUGUCUAAGUGUGUCCCAGAUGGAACCAUGAAGAAGUUCCCAUACAAUUCUAUGCAGGCAAUGGCACUGUCUGGUGCAAAGGGUUCUAAUGUUAAUGUGUCGCAGAUUAUGUGUCUAUUAGGCCAACAGGCGUUGGAAGGUAGAAGAGUGCCUGUUAUGGUAUCUGGUAAGACGCUACCAUCGUUUAAACCGUUUGAGACAGAUGCAAAGGCUGGUGGUUACAUUAAAGGCCGUUUCUAUUCGGGUAUUAAACCUCAAGAAUACUAUUUCCACUGUAUGGCAGGUCGCGAAGGUCUUAUUGAUACAGCCGUGAAAACCUCUAGAUCUGGUUACUUGCAACGUUGUUUGACUAAGCAGUUGGAGGGUGUCCACGUUUCCUAUGAUAACACUGUUCGGGACGGCGACGGCACUUUAGUGCAGUUCCUAUAUGGUGGUGACGCUAUUGACGUUACCAAGGAGUCUCACAUGUCCGAAUUCAAAUUCUGUGUCGAUAAUUACGACGCCCUAUUGAAGAGAUACAAUCCAUCUGCGUUGAUUCAGCAUUUGGACGUUGAAUCUGCUCUCAAGUAUUCUAAGAAGGCAAUGAAGAACAGAAAGAAGAACCUCAACCUGCCACAUUACGCGCGCCAUGAUAAAUACGACCCUGUUUUAUCGAAGUACAACCCUUCGAAGUUCCUAGGCUCGGUUUCUGAGAACUUCCAGGACAAGCUAGAGAGCUUUAUUGACUCCAACGCUUCUUUGUUCAAAGGUCAGGCUACAGUGAAUGAGAAGAAGUUCAGAGCUCUAAUGCAACUGAAAUAUAUGCGUUCUCUAAUCAACCCCGGCGAGGCAGUUGGUAUCAUUGCAUCCCAAUCUGUUGGUGAACCUUCUACCCAGAUGACUUUGAACACUUUCCAUUUUGCAGGCCACGGUGCUGCUAAUGUCACUUUAGGUAUCCCUCGUAUGAGAGAAAUCAUUAUGACUGCCUCUGCUGCCAUAAAAACGCCUCAAAUGACGCUGCCUAUUCUUCCUGAUGUUACAGACGAGACCGCUGAUAUUUUCUGUAAAAACACCACAAAGGUUAUACUUUCUGAAGUUAUCGAUAAGGUCGUGGUUGUUGAGACAACUGGCGCGGCUACUGGAGGUGCAAACGCUAGAACUUAUGUUGUUACCAUGAACUUCUUUAAUGAGGAGGAAUAUGGCGAGCAGUAUGAUAUCACUAAGGAAGAGCUUCAGACUGUCGUAUCCACCAAGUUCCUUGUUGCACUGGAAUCUGCUAUCUUGAAGGAGAUUAAAAAGCAGAAGAGAACACAUACUAUGGAGGUUGGUGUCGCAGUGCCUAGCUCGGAAACAGCAUUUGGUAUUAAUGAGAAGGCACACAGCAAUGACGAGGAUCACGACGAAGAAGAAUCUCGUAAGAAAAACAAGCAAGCUGUUUCUUACGAAGAUCCUGAUGACGAGGAACUAGAGUCAAUGCGGCAGGCUGAACAAACUUCAGACGAGGAAAUAUCUUCUGACAAAGAAAGCAACUCUGACUCCGACUCUGACUCUGAUGCUGAAAUGGAGGACAUCCAUGCGGUAACUGCUGGAGCGAAUAAGAACAUGAGUAAAGAGCAGAAGGACCGUCAGUCUGCCAUCAUUUCGUCCCACAGAUUUAUCUCUAAGUAUAACUUUGAUGAUGAGUCUGGCAGAUGGUGCGAGUUUAAGCUAGAUUUAGCUGCUGACACGGAAAAGCUGCUGAUGGUCAACAUUGUCGAGGAUAUCUGCCGGAAGUCUGUUAUCAGAGAAGUUCCUAAUAUCGAUCGGUGUGUUCACCCAGAGCCUGAGAAUGGCAAACGGGUGUUGGUCACCGAGGGUGUGAACUUCCAGGCCAUGUGGGACCAAGAAGCCUUUAUUGACGUCAAUGGUAUUACUUCCAACGAUGUGUCUGCCGUCUUGAAGACAUAUGGUGUUGAAGCGGCCAGAAAUACCAUUGUUAAUGAAAUUAACAAUGUUUUCUCCCGUUACGCUAUCUCCGUGUCUUACCGCCAUCUAGACUUGAUUGCUGAUAUGAUGACGAGACAAGGUACUUAUUUGGCCUUCAACCGGCAGGGUAUGGAGUCAUCCACUUCUUCUUUGAUGAAGAUGUCUUAUGAGACAACUUGCCAGUUCUUGACGAAGGCUGUUCUUGACAAUGAACGUGAAGAAUUGAAGUCUCCUUCCGCUAAGCUUGUUCUGGGCAAAUUGAACAGUGUCGGUACCGGUGCCUUUGAUAUUUUAGCGAAGGUACCAACUACUGCAUAA